AUGGGUUCUGUUGAUAAAACUUUGUUUCUCCUCAAGCAAGGCACUGACACUCUUUUGGUUCAGAUAUACGUGGAUGAUAUCAUUUUCGGUGGCUCUUCUCAUGCACUUGUUGGCAAGUUUGCAGAAACUAUGAGCAGGGAAUUUGAGAUGAGCAUGAUGGGCGAGUUGACGUUCUUUCUUGGUUUGCAAAUCAAGCAAACUAGAGAAGGGACGUUUGUGCACCAAGGCAAGUACACCAAGGACGUACUCAAGAAAUUCGAUAUGGGCGAGGCCAAGCCUCUCUCGACGCCCAUGUCGACCACGAUGGCCCUGGAUGCAGAUGAAGAAGGAGAAGCUAUGGACCAGAAGGAGUACCGAAGCAUGAUCGGGUCGCUACUGUACCUGACGACGACAAGACCGGACAUCCAGUUCGCGGUCUGCUUGUGUGCACGCUUUCAGUCUUCGCCGCGCACAUCUCAUCGUCAAGCCGUCAAGCGGAUCUUGAGGUACCUUCGUUUCACACCUGAGUUUGGUCUUUGGUUUUCAGCUUCCUCCUCUCUUUCUCUUUGCGGCUAUUCUGAUGCGGAUUAUGCCGGCUGCCGUGUAGAGCUUUCAGUUUCAGUGUCAGUUGUUGGUUUUUGCCGGAAGCGAUCCCUGCCAUAUAAGCUUCUGCCUGUGCUGUGCUUCUUUUUCCUCUGUGUGGUUAGUGUUGUAGCUGACUGGUAG